CCAGUCCUCGCUCAGAACCAUAAGUAAAACCAAAAAGAUCCCUUCCCGUCCGCUCUGUGCCUCCUCCUCCUCCUCUUCUUCUCUGCCGGCGAUAUCUUCUCCCCGUCCACCUACACGCCUCCUUCUCCUCCUCGGCCGUCGUGGCGGCUUCGUCGUCACACCCGCCAGAAUUGCGACAAGGUUGGACGCAUCGGACAGUUUUAAUCGCAAUUUCGACAGGGUCCCUUCGGCAGCCACUCACAGCCGCCUGUCGCGUCCCCCUUGAUCUUCCCCUUAAAAAAGAAAAGGAAAAAGAAAUACCAGGUUUUCCCUUUACGGUUUUCUUUUUUUUUUCGCUAUCUUCUGUCUGACAAUAUAUUCUUCAGUUUUUAUUUUUUUUUUUAUUUUUUUUAGCCUUUUUUUUGUGUUUACAGUCACAUUCAAAACCCUUUCGCUUCUCACGUCUGUGCCUUGGGAAACUGUCCAGGUGACCACAAACUGCUUUUCCAGUCAACCGCCCGGUGCACAUGAACAGUCCCACGGCCAUCGUGAGCCUAUUCUCACCACACCAUUUUCCCAGUAAUAACGUUCCCCCAGUAUACACAAGCAGCGGGCCGGUUGGUUCUUAGACCUGUCAAUCUCCUGCUGUAGGUCAUUGUCGACCGAAAAUUGUGGUGGUUGUGUCUUUUUUUCUUCUUUUUUCCCUUUGGUGUAAAUUCCCAUCCUCGAGCAUCCGCUGCUCUGGCAAGGCGAGCUCACCCUCACCUGCACUGACUCAUUCUCGCUGAGUCGGAUCGCAGCCUUGUUGGGCUGUCACUCCUGCUGAGCCGACAGGCAGCACCAGGAGCCUCAAUCAUCCUCCACCUGGGCCUGCUCUUCAUUCUCACGAUGUCGUCUCACUACUCCAUAGCUACCUGUGUGCAGUAAUUGCAGCCCGUUUUGACUGGAUCUGGAUUCUUCGCCCAGUCAACGCCGUCAAGAUGGAGAAGCUCAACACCGAAGAUGGCCAGCUCUUCAUCAAGAACCUCGCCAGAUUUGUACGCACUCAUGAAAAGGCAUUGGCCAAUGCCCUUCAGAUGAGACGCCAGACCUCGAAGAGCCUCGAUUCUUCGAUCUCCCCGCCGAUCACCGGUCGACAUGUCUCGUCCAGUCGUUCCGCUACCUCCUCUUCCUUAGCCGCCGUCUUCUCCCUGGGCUCCCUGAGCUUUACGUCUCACAAUAUCAAGCCCGCGAAGUUGACCCUCACCCCUCACCAUGUUUUCUAUCUUCUGUCGCGCUUCGAGGAGUUGUCCGUUCCCGUAGGUCCAAUGAAUAUUCGUUUGGAGAAUAUCAACACAGAGGCCUCCUCGGCGUAUGUUUCAUUUUUAAACAAGCCGCGCCGGCCGAAGGGCGAUAGAGACUCUAUCCACUCCGUGUCAAGUGUCCGUAGUGUUCUGUCCGGCAUGAGCGUGUUCUGGUCUUCCUUUGGCCUGGGAUCCAAGGACUCUGUUUCCAAAUCCGACAAGGCCAGGGCAGCGAUCGAAAGUGACCUAAAGUACUUAUAUUCCGCGUUUACUAAAAUCCCGUGUCUGAGGCUGGCUCCUGACCACCGUGCCCGCUUGAUCCGUGGCUAUGAAGAGUUCCCGUUUGACACCGCUGUUCCACUCCAUGCCUUUAAAAACCUUGGUUCUCUGGAGAUAAUCGAUGUUGAUUUCCGUUCUUUCUAUGGCUGGGACCGUUUGGCCGAACAGCUUAGGACCCUGACCCUUAAGCGCGCGAGCGUUGAUGACGUUGGAGACUUGCUUACAGGAAUUGUCUUGGACGAUAUUGACAAGCGGAGACGAAGGUCCACAAGGAAUCCUCAGUCUCCUGUCAGUGGUGGCACAACUGCCAGUCCGGUUACGCAGCCAGAACCUGUGAGAGCAUCCUCCGCUCCGGGAUCCCCCAUCUGUGAUCACAAUUUCGGAAACCGUUCGAGUCCUAAAUGUGGCUCUGCCAUGGUUAGAGCAGGCUCUGCGGAGGGCCUCAAGCAGCGUCGAGAGGGGAGUGCGUCUCCUCCUCGGCCCCCCAGCUCGAGACGUCGCCACAUUCGCGGAGCCUCGACGAAGAUCAAGCGAUCUGGCUCUGGAAGCUCGAAUUCUAGUGAGUGCUCUACCGUGUAUCGUCAUCGGAGCAUGUCGAACCUCCUGGCUGCCGGAAUAUUACCAUCAACUAAAUGGCGUUUCCUUCGACAUCUCGGUCUGCCCGAUAAUUCGAUGACUAGUGUCACAGCUAUAAGCCUCGCACCAGUUGCAAACACUCUACAGUCUCUGGAUCUGUCCUGGAACCUUUUCACCGAAGUGCCUGACAGUCUCUCGACGUUGGUGGCUCUCCGUUCGCUAAAUCUAUCUCACUGUAUGAUAGGAUCUCUGCAUUCUCUUUCACGAAAUCCUCUUCCUGCAAUCACGGCCUUGAAUCUUCGUGCCAAUCGCUUGCGAUCUAUUGCCGGUGUGGAACGCUUGCUCUCGUUAGAACGUCUUGAUUUGCGAGAGAACAACAUCCCCGAUCCCACCGAGAUGGCGAGGUUGACUUCUAUUCCAUAUCUACGGGAGAUUUGGGUCGCAGGGAACCCAUUUACCAAAUCACACUCCGAUUACAGAGUUACUAUCUUCAACCUAUUCCGGCGCACCCCAGGAUUCUCGGAAGAUAUCCUCAUCGACGGUAGUGGGCCAACUUACUCCGAAAGGAAGAAGCUGGUUGAGCGAGUCGCAGAGCCUGAGAGCGCUCCUGUUAUUAGACCCAACGAACAAGCCAACUCACACGAAGACGAUGUCCUGAUCGCCGAACCUGUCAUUACACAGUGUGCACAGCCCAAAGCGCUAGAGGAGAAGGCGACGAACCCCGCUUCCAUACGCAAACAAGAACAUGCGGUUGGAUCGACUCGACGCAAGAAACCUCACAGGCGGAGAAUUGUUGAUUUAUCGCAGGACGAGAGCAGGGAUACCCUGGCUUCAGAAAUCCUCGAGCCAACCACUCCUAAAUCGGAGUCGCCUUUCCAAGAGCGCCAAGACACACUUACGCGCCCGGCUCUCCCGCGACUGAACACGGGCUCCGACUCCGUUUCUCCCGUGCCAUCUAAAGUUGCAGGGGCGGGUAGCGCAGCACAUUUUCUUCCUGCUAUCGAAGGUGUUGACUGGGAUAGUAGUGGAGACAUCUACCGCCAACGUUUAGAGGCUUUGAAACAAGAAGUCGGCACUAACUGGCUUACUGUUCUAGACGAUGAGACUUGGGGCGGCAAGCAGAGGGAUAUUGGAUUCCCCUCAUCAGACGGCUCGGGUCUUCAUCCUGUCGGCCCUAUUCACCCUCAUCGUAUGACAGGGGCAACAGGCCACGCGAUUGCUUCUAGUGGUCGAACACUGGGCUAAAACAAAAAGGCUUUUACGAUUGUUCUUUUACCCUUUCAGCGCGCUGGCCUUUUUCCAAAGUCAUCGCCCCCCUUUUUUAUUAUUUCAUCCUAUCACUCGAGACGUGUUCUCAGUGAUUGUACAUGAUUCAUUCCAUAUUUGGAUUUAGAAGAAAGUGUCAGAGGCGGGAUGGCUUCUUCUGUCUUUUCAAAGACUAACCAAAAAGUAACGAAAGAAAUGAUUGUAUGAUGUGGGUGUGGAUCUCUCGGUUUCCGGAAAUUUUUAUUUGGGUUCGGCUCUCUCCAAUUUCCCUUUUUUUGCUGCAUUUGUUUCUCCCCUUUUUGUUUAAUUCGUUGUGCGGCUUUCCGCCUUUAUACCAUUUUGUUUUUUCCCCUGCUUUUUGACUUUCAUUGGCUUUUCUGUCGGAGUGCAUUAUUAUGGGGUUAUUUUUGCCUUUUUUUUUUUUCUUUUUGGUUGUCUUUUAAUGUUGAAGCGCGCUGCUAUGUCAGUGUUUGCUUUCUAUCCCACAUAGUGGAUAAUCUCCCAGGCCUCUUAUAUCACAUAGGACUGGUUGGAGGGGGAAGUGUACUGAGGAGAAGGUUUCACCAAAAAAGAAGUCUGGCCACUUGAUGGCAGGUCCUUUCUGGGCUUUGAGGCUUGUAUUAUACUGACCUACGGGCGGCUUCUUCUGCUUGCUGGCGUUGUUUGUUGCAUGGGGGCGUUGUCACUUUGCUUUUGCCUUUGCCUUUUUUCUUGUUUUUAUCCAGAUUAUUGCGUUUCUCCCGUUUGAAUGAUACUGUGGAUUUGGGACAUCAUGGCAGGUGGUGGAUGGAAUAAUUGGCCGAUCUAGCGUUCUAGAGCUGGGGGAUACUGUCGACUGACUGGCUUUACAUAUGUAGUACGGGAAUAAGUCUUUGGAGCCCUGGGUGGUGUUGACAAU